CCAGCAGUUCAUUGGGGCACACCCUUUACUCCAGCGGAUUAAAUAAGAGAUCAAAUCACGUCCCUUCUCUUGUGUUGCUUCCAAUCAGAAUGGAAUCCACGGAGCUCUAGAACCGAGGGACCCACCGAUGUCACACAACGCUGAUCCGACGUUCCAGAUCAUGGCGGACAGGAUGGGUCAACAUCGCUGACCGGGAGUAAUGGAGUUCCGGCAGAAACAAGUCAAAUUUCUGGCCCAGCAGUAUUUGGACAACAGCCGCCUGGAAAUACAACCCCAAGCCUCAUUGCUCUACAGGAGACAUCUUCCAUCCCAUCGGAGUCACCUGAACAGGGAAACCAGCACGCAGCCCAUCUUCCCCGACAUUCAUUCUGGAAGAAAAAAUAGGCGUGGAGCCAGUCCAGAAGGCCGUCUGCAACUGAUCCUCAACGUGGACAGCCCGGGACCAGCAGCUUACUCACCCCCUUGUGUGAACUUCAGGGAAACCUGCGCUCCAUCGUACACCUUUGGAUGGAAAACACCCCCCAGAGAGGGUGGAGGACGCCGCUCCUGGCAGAAAUCUUGGUUCUUAUGCAAGAAUCCCUUCAUCAGGAAAACAGAUUUUGCCACCGAAACAAACUGGCCCUCUCCGUUCGACUACGGCCAGACCUUGGGAUCCCAGCUGGUCAACUGUCCCACCAGCCCAAAUUUUACCAUCGGCCAAAAGACGGAGUUCUCUUUCGUCAACAAAAACACAGUCAACGACCCGGCGCCCAACAGGUACAACACGGAGCAGGCUUAUAAGCACAUUGUGAACAGGUCGCCCUCCUUCGUGAUCAGCCCCGCACCACACCUCAUUUACAGGUGGCCCAGAAAAGAGGGCACCCCUGGACCCGCAGCUUACAACGUGGAGAGGGGGCACAUCGCCCGGCUGCCCAGCACCCCAAGUUUCUUCAUCCAAGGCGUGAGACGGCCAAAGAGGCACGAGACGGGGCCCUUUUCUGCACUGUGAGAGCACCGCCAUUAACUAGAGAGGGGCACCAACCCGUUUGGCCCCAGGGGGCUUCCGUGGUUCCGCGCCCCGCCUCCUCUAGCAGGCGCCCGCUCAGAAGUAGCGCCUGAAGGAGGCAGGGGCAGAGAAACCUGGCUCCUUCCUCCGAGUGGGUGGCUGCCUGAGGAGGCGGGGCUCAGGAACCCAGAACACCCAUUGGGCUGCCCACUGAACCGCUAAUUCCUGCCCAUCUCUAGCCAUAAGGUGUCAUCUUUCUGGCGGCACCCAGUGCUUGAUUCUCACUCAGUCUCAAGGAAGCCCACGGAGUGGAAACAGGCAGAAAUAUGUAGACCGCCUACUUUACACGCUUAAGGAACUAUAUAAGCAAAGAACUCACACAUACAAAAAUUCAAGACUUGCCCAUUAAAAUUCACUGAUGCUCACUACAGGCAGAGCGAACUGCCAGCCUCACACGGCUAUGAUUUCGCCGUCCACCUACACUUAAGAGGGCAGUGGCCCCCCCGAACAGGUAGU